AUGUGGUAUGAUUUAAUCUUACUUGCAGAGGAGGAGAGAAGAGGAAGGGGCAGAUCUAUGGGCAACUGCAAGAGUUCAUCUCGUGCACUCCUAGGAAAGGCCCAUGUUGUUCCGGAUCCAGAAUGGAGGAUUCGGGACUUCGGAAAGACCCACGUUCCAGAUUUCGAAUGGAGGAUUGAUGACUUCUCAUCACUGCUUAAGACUGGAGCUAAGAGAGCAACAUCUGGCCCUUUUCACUGCUCUGGUUAUAACUGGGACCUGCAAGUGAGUCUAAUGCAUAAAGAAGCUCGUUCUGUAACUCCAUAUGUUGCUCUUCGUCUUGUGCCAUCCAAACUAAGCUUGAUGCCAGUUCACACAGUGCAUGCGACGUUUGAAUUGUCAAUAUACAACCAUUCAAAAGGAAUGUACUAUGGAUGCAAAGCUAGCUCCAACUUUGAUUUCAAGAAUUUCUACUCGAAGGAGCAUUGCUUGAUUCCUCUUAAGAAGCUACUGAAAUCAUCUGCUUUUCUAGUUGAUGAUAGUUGUGUCUUUGCUGUGGAGAUAUUAAAAAUUGAUGCCUGCUCUCCUGAAAAGAAGGUUGUUGUGGUUCAGAAGAAGGCUACCACAGUUCAGAACCUCUUUGUCCAGAAGAAGGGGUUCGUCAAAGGGACAUACACUUGUAACAUGAACAAUUUCCUUGAAUUGGACUUGGAUCACUGUGUCCGUUCUCCUACAUUUGAAGUUGGCGGGCAUAAAUGGUGCAUCAGCAUGUACCCGCGUGGUGACUUGUACAGCACUGAUUGCCUCAGCUUGUACUUAUUCCUGGAUGCCUUGGAUGAGCUCCAUCUCGAGUCUAGGAAGGUGGCUGUAAUGACUCUGUCCAUCCUGAACCAAAAGAAUGGGAAACACUUGACUAAAACUUCAGGUCUCUUCGUAUGUGAUGGCGGAUGGGGUUGGCCUAACUUUCUUGGACUCAAGAAACUCAAGAAAGGCUAUGUUGUAGGGUCGAGCUGCAUUGUGAAGGCAGAUCUCACUAUCGUUGGUUUAUCCAAUGAUGGCUAG